AUGGGGUCUACACAAAAAAGCAGGGCUGGCACAUAUCAUGGGUUUCUUCUUCUUCUUCUUCUUCUUGGUCUGCAAAAGGAUUAUUGGCAGCAAGUAGCCAUCAAAAAAAACGAUGAUGGUUGGAGACGACAAACGUUCCACCUUACACAUCGUUCAGAAUGCGUACUCAUUUUCUGUGCGCACUUAGGAAAUUGGCCUUUCGUCUUCGUCUAUAUGUGCUGCGUUUUAAAAUAUCCGGGGAUUGUGACUCGUCCUGCGAAUGGUUCGCCGGUUGACAGAGGGAAAGGGCCGUCCCAUGUUUGCAAUGGAACAGCUCGAACAGCCUAAUCCCCGGGUUAUAGACAGAUAUGAGGCAAGCAGGGACAAGCAGGGAAUCACAAAACAGUGGUCGCAAUGCUUGUCCCAAAUUUGGCGUGCGAGUUUGGAAGCCGGGCAGAAUCUUUGUCC